UAAACAUCUGCAAGUUUUUUAUGUUCUUCAAAAAAUACUAAAUAAAGAGAAGAAAAAAAAAAAAGAAAAGAUAAAGAGAAGAUGGCGAGCGGUGGCGCCGGCGGCGGUGGAGGUGGCGGAAAGGUGUCAUUCAAAGUAACCCUUACUUCUGAUCCCAAACUUCCUUUCAAAGUAUUUAGCGUACCAGAGGCAGCCCCAUUCACUGCGGUUCUGAAAUUUGCUGCCGAGGAAUUCAAAGUGCCUCCGCAAACCAGUGCCAUCAUCACAAACGACGGAGUGGGAAUUAAUCCUCAACAGAGUGCAGGAAAUGUCUUUCUUAAACACGGGUCAGAACUGCGCUUGAUUCCUCGGGAUAGGGUUGGUGCUUGUAUGUCGGCUUAAGGUUGAGUUGUAUAUGGAUUUCCCAUAAACAUUGCAACCCGUGCGCUAUUGGCCUGAUCCUCGUAUAAGUGUUGGGAGUUCUUUUUUCCAGCUUUGUUCUUUAAAACUAAACUGCAAAAAGUGAUGGUUGUAGUGAAUUAGCUCUGAUACAAUAGAGAUCAAAGUCCUUGACUCAGUUUUGAUUGCGAAAAUUGCUGAUUACAGCAGCCCUUCUUGAUAAACAAUAUGAAUGAAUGAUGCUGUUUUGCGGUAUUAUUUUUCUUCA